UCCGUGCCAUUCAUUUGCAGUGCAGCCGCUUAUAACGUGCACCGGCACAUAGGUAAGAUAAGAGCUCUGACAGUCGGUCACUCAUCCAUUGCAGAAGUAACUGGACAGGCAGAUUCAGAAGGGACAGUUGGAGCAUUUUUUACAUAAGACAAGGAGGGACAGCAGCACACCGACCACACUUGGACCUGACAGUACAUUAAUCCCCAAACUACCUGCAGCCUAACAUGGAGCGCAAAAUCCCUGAUUUCGCCGGCACCUGGGAGAUGAAGAGUUCUGAAAACUUCGAGGAACUCUUGAAAGCGUUGGGUGUGAACAUGAUGCUGCGUAUGAUUGCGGUGAAGGCAGCCUCCAAGCCACUGGUGGAGAUCACACAGGAUGGAGAGACGCUGUCCAUUAAAACCUCAACCACAGUCCGCACCACCCACAUCACCUUCACUGUGGGGCAGGAGUUCAAUGAGGCCACGGUAGACGGACGUCCCUGCACGAGUUUUCCACGUUGGGAAACCGACAGUAAGAUCAGCUGUGAGCAGAUUCUGCAGAAAGGAGAAGGUCCUAAGACAUCCUGGACCCGAGAGAUGACCAAUGAUGGCAAGCUGAUCCUGACCAUGAGAGCAGAUGAUGUGAUAUGCACCAGAGUCUACGAACGACAAUGAACAAGAGCACUUCUUACUUUUCGUCCUUCCAGCACCCUUCUCCUGCUUCAUCACUUGUAUCACUACUCUCUUUUGUUAAGGCAGCGCUGGGCGAUAGUAGUCUAUAGUUUUAUUCCAGUAUCUCUGUUAGCUUCACUAUGUAAUGAUUGUGGUAAUUGUAUCUAGUAUGUCACAUAUCUACACAAUGGUCUUAGCUCCUGAGUUAGCCGCCUGUCUCCCCAGCUCCAUCAAACAUGACCAGCUGGGUUUUAAACAUGAAAAUGUAUGUUGCAUUGUAUGUGGGAUUUGCUGAGUGACAGCUCAUUUAUUUGGCAUUGUAUGUGUAUGUGUGUGUGUGUGUGUGUGUGUAUGUGUGUGUGUGUGAGUUUAUGUAGCAGCAGAAGAGGUGUGAGACUAUAUUUGUAGAUGUGUAAACCAAUCUAUGAGCUCUUCCAGUUUCAGGUCAGUUUUGACGUGUCCCCCCUCGCUGUUCCUUUAGCCCUGCCCCACAACUUUAACAUUUUCUAUCUCACGACGACAUUUUAUAUUUAUUACUACACUAGGAGUCUGAUACAGUACUGCUAAGGUUUUUACUUUGUGUCUCUUUUAUAUGAAAUGUGAUCAUAGGAAACACUUUCUAUGGGAAAACAAUAAAGCACAAUAUUAACUCA